AGUCUUCGAUUCGCUCUCAAUUCGCGAAUUCAAUUAACCCCUUUUCUUUCUCAGCUCACAGAAGGCUCCACUUGCUUGGUUUUUCUGCAUCAGACGCCUUUGGAUUAGGUGAUUGUUGUUAGGUGAUCUCUAUGUUAUGUUCUUGCUUUGUGAAGGUGCUCUUCAUUAAGUUUAUGGAAAGUUCGACAGAUGAUUCUGACAUAGACUCCGAUAUGAGUGAAUCGGAAUUGGGUGAGCGGGAAAGCAAGUCAUAUGAUGAACUGAAAAAUGGAAAACGCAUUGUGAAACUCUCGCAUGAGACAUUUACUUGCCCCUACUGUACAAAAAAAAGAAAGAGGGAUUUCUUAUACAAGGAUCUCCUGCAGCAUGCUUCUGGGGUAGGAAACAGUCCUUCAAAUAAACGGAGUACCAAAGAGAAAGCUAAUCAUUUAGCUCUAUUGAAAUAUUUGGAAAAAGAUCUAGCUGAUGCUGUUGGUCCAUCAAAACUCACUAGCAAUAAUGAUCCUGUUAUGGAUUGUAAUCAUGAUGAAAAGUUUGUGUGGCCUUGGAGAGGAAUUGUGGUAAAUAUUCCAACUAAGCGUACAGAUGAUGGGCGAUUUGUGGGAGGAAGUGGAUCAAAGUUUAGGGAUGAGUUGAAGGAAAGAGGAUUUAAUCCCACAAGGGUUACUCCUUUGUGGAAUUACCGGGGCCACUCAGGUUGUGCUAUUGUGGAAUUUAAUAAAGAUUGGCCUGGUUUGCAUAAUGCUAUUUCUUUUGAGAGGGCUUAUGAGGCAGAUCGUCAUGGGAAAAAGGAUUGGCUGGCUAAUGGUACUACUGCUGAGAAACUAGGAAUUUAUGCUUGGGUUGCUCGGGCUGAUGAUUACAACUCAAAUAAUAUAAUUGGGGAACAUUUACGUAAGAUUGGAGAUCUUAAGACCAUAUCUGAAGUUAUUCAGGAGGAAGCACGGAAGCAAGAUAGACUUGUGUCCAAUCUUACAAGUAUCAUUGAGCUCAAGAACAAACACUUGAUAGAGAUGGAGAAAAGAUGUAGUGAAACCGCCACCACCCUUAACAAUUUAAUGGGGGAGAGAGAGAAAUUACUUCAAGCUUAUAACGAAGAGAUAAAAAAGAUUCAACUGGGUGCCAGGGAUCACCUUAAGAAGAUCUUCAGCGAUCAUGAAAAACUAAAGUUGCAACUCGAAUCUCAGAAAAAAGAGUUCGAGUUAAGAGGAAGAGAACUGGAGAUGCGUGAAGCACAAAAUGAAAAUGAGAGCAAGUAUCUGGCUGAAGAAAUUGAAAAGUAUGAGGUGAGAAAUAGUUCUCUUCAAUUGGCUGAACUAGAGCAGCAGAAGGCUGAUGAAGAUUUUAUGAAGCUGGCAGAUGAUCAGAAGAAACAAAAGGAGGACCUUCAUGAGAGAAUUAUCCGACUGGAAAAACAACUGGAUGCCAAGCAAGCACUAGAAUUGGAAAUUGAGCGUCUACGUGGGACGUUGAAUGUUAUGAAGCACAUGGAAGAUGAUGAGGAUGUGGAAGUCCUCCAGAAGGCAGAGGCAAUACUAAAAGAUUUGAGUGAAAAGGAAGGAGAACUUGAAGAGCUUGAUGACCUUAACCAAGCAUUGAUAGUAAAGCAGCGCAAGAGUAAUGACGAGCUCCAAGAAGCUCGUAAAGAGAUAAUUAAUGCUUUUAAAGAUUUGCCUGGUCGUUCACACUUGCGUGUUAAGAGAAUGGGCGAAUUAGAUACAAAACCAUUUCAUGAAGCAAUGAAGAAAAUAUAUAACGAGGAUGAAGCAGAUGAGAGAGCUUCAGAGCUGUGCUCAUUGUGGGCAGAAUAUCUCAAGGAUCCAGACUGGCAUCCUUUCAAAGUAAUUAAGGUAGAAGGAAAAGAUACUGCUGACGGAAAAGAUAAGGAAAUUGAAGUUUUGGAUGAUGAAGAUGAGAAACUGAAAGGUCUGAAAAAGGAUUAUGGUGAGGAAGUAUGCAAGGCUGUGACAUCAGCUUUAAUGGAGAUAAACGAAUACAAUCCCAGUGGCCGGUAUAUCACUUCGGAGCUAUGGAACUACCAAGAGGAAAGGAAAGCAACGUUGCGAGAGGGAGUAAGAUUUUUACUGGACAAGCUGAAUAGAAGCAACUAGAAACGGGGAACACACCCUGAAGCAGCCACGCCGAUUAAACCAACAUCAUUGCCAUGAAUAAAACGCAAUGCAUUCUAUUGGGUUAGAAUACUCGUAUGGAGUUAUCGGAUUUUCUUUAAAGAAAAUUCAAACACGAGCAUGGAGAUGAAGUUCUCUUCUUUGCAAUUAUAAGACGUCUAACCAGGAGAUGGAAUAUGAGCCAAAUAAGUUAAGUCAGUGUAUGUUUUCAAGUCAUUCCUUUCCUGUGUAUCAAUUAUUUCCAGAUUAUAGAGAUUUCCAUAAUGCAGACCUGCUUAUCGAUUAUCAUUUACCGAUCUUACUAUUUAAUUUGUUUGGAAAAACCUAUAAAACUACGUUGUCCUUGAUCUGAGGGGCAACCGCUGUAACCUACAUGUAAUGUCCAGUCUAGAGACUGAGUGAUUAUUUCUAUCUUAUUCAUGUUUCAAUAAUGUAAGGGCUUCUGAGCAAUUUUAUGAAUAGCUUGGAUAGCCAUUGUUGUUGAACUCAGUUUGCUUAUGAGAAUGACUUAGAUCUUCUUCAAACUUUUGCAAA